AUGGGCGCAGCGGGGUCGCGCGAGGUGUGGGUGGUAAUGCCGGACGGCCGCGCGGAGAGCUUCCGCGAGCCAAUCACCGUCGCGCAGCUGCUGGCGCAGCACCCGGGGUAUCUCGUGUCGCAACCUGACCUGCCCGGGAACCCCGUCGAGAAUCACGGUGCGAAUCGCGGGCGGCGGUGGAAUUUGCCAGCGGAAGAGGUGCUGCGGCUCGGGGAGAUGUACGUGCUGCACUCCGCGGAGCUAGCGAGCGUCGAAGACGUGUUUGCUGACGUGGCGAAUCGCGUGCAGACUAGGGGCCAGGCACCGCGGCAGCCGCGCAAGGCUCGCGGAGGCCAUUCGCGCUCCAAGUCCGCCUCUCUCGUCGAUGGCGGUACGCGCGGGGGAACCGAACACCCGGAGUGGCAUGAUGCCGUGAUUACCGCCGCGACUCACGGCGCUGGCGCUGGCGGAAAGCACAAGGGCAACCGACCGCGGAGGACGCGCGCAGCGGCGGGAGAAGGGGCGCGCGCGGAGUCUCAGAGCCCGGAAAACGACACGCGACAGGACGGAGCUGUCUACGCCAACGCAAUCGUUGCGGGUGUAGCCGCGGAAAGCGGCCUCGAGAGCUCCGCGGGCUGCGGCGCCAGAAGCCUUCCCCACAGCCCCUCGUCCUCCUCCUCCCCCCCGCUCUCCCCUUGCCUUUCCCCUCCCCGCGCCCGUCCCGGCCAUCGUCACGCGCGCGGCCUUCCCCCCCGCGUUACGUCGCGUCUGGCGCAAGCGCACGGGCACGGCAGGCGCGCGUCCAUAAGCGCGCUCCCCGUGGAGGGGGGAGGGGAGGGAAGUCGGGCGGAGAUACGAACAGGCAUUGGGGAGCAGCGAAGGGCGGGUUACCAGGGCGAAGGGGAAGGUAAGGGCGGCAGCCAAGCGUGGGACGAGGAAGGGGAGCGUGGGCGCGGAAAGCAUGGGCGGGGGGGAAACGGAAGAAGAGAGCAGACGCGUGGGCGCGCUCAGGCGCAAGCACAUGCGCGCGACUCCCGCGAGAUUGCUGGUGCCGCCUGCAGGAGCGGCGGGUUCAGCGCGGAUAAGGAACUCCCUCACUCUGCUCCCCUCCUGGCGGGCGGCACUGGCGCGGGUGGCACGGGGAGAGAGGCGGGGCAACGAGGGCGGGCGCGGGCAGGAGAGAGGGGGGUGGCGGGGCAGGUGAGGGGGCGGGGGGAGGUUUCAGCUGCGCUGCUGGCGCAUCUUCACUGGGAGAACGUGGCGGAGAGUGGGGGGAGGAGGGCGGUGAGGGGAGGGAGGCCAGUGGGGCGCAGUGUAUCCGCGGAGGAGGAGGGGGGACCGAUCGUGAGAGCCAGAAGGGAGGGUUGGAGUGUGGGAGAGGUGUGGGAAGAGAGAAGGGAGGAGGAGGAGGAGGAGGAGGAGGAGGAGGAGGAGGAGGAGGAGGAGGAGGAGGAGGAGGAGGAGGAGGAGGAGGAGGAGGAGGAGGAGGAGGAGGGGGGGGAGGAGGGACGAGGAGGAGGAAGAGGAGGAGGGAGGGAUGAAAGAAGAAGAGGGGGGGGAGCAGCUACAGGCGGAAAGGGAUGGGCGGUUGGGGGUGGCGAACGGAGAGGGGGAAGGCGGAGGGGCAGCGCUGCACUUGCCUUCUGGUUAGCAUCAUCCGCUGGAGACCUAAAGAGGGAGAGAGAGAGAGAGAGAGAGAGAGAGAGAGAGAGAGAGAGAGAGAGAGAGAGAGAGAGAGAGAGAGAGAGAGAGAGAGAGAGAGAGAGAGAGAGAGAGAGAGAGAGAGAGAGAGAGAGAGAGAGAGUCUCCUCUCCUUCGCAGACCAUCCCCCCUCCCCUUCCGCCUCACACGGCCGUUUUGAACACGAUGCAUCGCCUCGACUCCGGGAACUCCUUGUUCCCAUCUGCAGGAUUCAGAUUAAUCACAUUCGUCUCAUUAUAA